AUGUUUGUUGUUGCAAAAAGGGAACAUGAACAAAGUGAGCAGAAUAUCAAAUAUUACUUCUCUGGCUAUAUUUUAUUAAUUUUAAGGCAGCUUGUUUUUCUACUCCCAACAUUGGAGGAUAAGUAAUGUGGGUCAAAUGUGAUCAAAUGAAUAACAGAGUAAUGAAAUGAGGUCAGUGACCCAUUUGAUGCUAUCACACACCUGGAGGAUCAAAGAGGUGAGUUUUUCACCACAUCACGUUUGACUUUUAAAGGCUCCAAAUGGGCAAAGUCGCUGAGUGAAGACUCCCACUGUAAUUAACUGAUAUCGUUACGGAUUUUCCCUCCUAUUUUUUUAAUGUCAUGUUUUGCUUCCUCGUUAUUUCCCAGAAUCCCUGCCUCCCUCCUCUUCCCGCCCGUCCACCUGUCUGUGUCAUUGGCACAGGGAUGAUGAGAUUAACACUAGGAACUACACAAACCCGAUUGUACUAAACAUACAGAGAACUUCGAAGAUACGCUCUGACAUUUUGCAACAGUUCAUUUAAUUUUUCCCUUUAUUGGGAUUUUUUGUGAUAAACGUGUAGAGGAAAGAAAAGGUUACAUAGUUUUCAAAUGUACUGUGUGCAUUUGUUUACUCUCACCCUCGUAAAGUUAUGGUGACUUGAGAAGUUUGGUAGAAUUUAUUAGUGAUCAUGGAAAACUUAGAAACAGCAGAUGGAGAAAGAAAGUUGUGGAGAAGUUUAAAGCAGGAUUAGGUGAUAAAAUAUCUCAAGCUUUAUGUAUGUCAUAAUCAAUACUGAAUACUGAUAUGCAAGAUGCGUCACUGGUCACUGUAAAAGAAUCCACCUCUAAAACACAGGAGACAGUGGUUCAACCAGAAGAGAAACAACCAAUUAAGUGUAAGGAUGUCAAGAAGACCCCAGAAGAAAAUUUCCCUGCAACAUCAAUUUGCAUGACUUCAGAAUCAUCCACUGAAAAUGUGGAUGAAAAACAUGAUAGUUCUGUGCUGGAAAAACACGGUGAUCAGGCAGACUGCUAUGAAAAGGAGACCUUUAUCAAUGAAAAUGUUAUCUCUGCUCCUCAACUGGUCACUGAAAAUGAAUCCAUCUCUUAAACACAGGAGACAGCGGAUGAGCUACCGGAGAAAGAGCCAUUAACAUGUAAGGACAAGCACAAAACAAUACAAUGUCUAACUGUCUGAAUCAGACAACAUCCAGGUGGAGAAGUUAACUGAGGUCUCUGACAAUCAAACUCAGGAAAAUGUACCUGAGGUCUCUAACAACCAAACGCCAGAAGUUAUAGGCUACAAAAAUCAAAGUUACAACAACUCUCAAUCCCCAUCUCUUUGCUUAACUCUUAUCCAACACAACCACAAAAUGUACUUAAACUGAUUAUUGACCUUUAACAACAUGUUAUCUUUUUCCAAAAGACCAUGUAACGUUUGUGGCUCUGAAUGAGUUUUAUUUCACUGGGUGAAAAUGGUUCCUUUGAUUGUAAAUGUUUCAGACCUGCAGUCUAAAAUACACAAUCCCAUCAAAAUACAUUAAAGUCUUUGGAUGUAAAGUAAUUUGGAAAAGCUCCAGGGUUGUUCAGGCUUUUGUAAAGCACUCUGUCAGUGAAACACUGUUUUACUCUAAAUUUAAUUAAACCAUAAAACCUCUGGCUACCUCAGUGUUGCUCUCUGUAUUAUUAUGAGGGAAAAGUACAGUUCAGGAAUUUAUUAGAAAUGCUAGUUUGACAGAAGGUUUUGCAUCAUGGGCCAGAACACGGAUUAGAAAGGUUUUUGGGUAGUAGGGAGUCCGGCGUUUGAUGUUGCCUCGCUGUCACCAGAAGCAGCGAUAAGGAGAUUCUGCACAUACCUGUUAUCUCCGCUGCCUGUAUAUCCGCGACACUAUAACACCCACUGCCUCCAAGAACGAAUAAGAGUGAGGACUGCUGUGAUAACAACUCAUUUUCCAAGCAUUGUUGAGAUUUGACGACUUACAGAAAGCCCAUAGUGAGUUGCUCUCCUUACUGUUUUUUUAUCUAAUAGCCUCAUGUAGUUUGCUUGAGUCACCCACAUGUCUCAUUUCAGAUGUCAGCAUCUCUAAUUGGACUUGCUCUUGUCCUGCUCGCCUUUCCGGAGCACGCUGUGAUGAGUACACCAUUUGGCAACAACUCAGAAACUGCAUAUUUGGGUUCAGCAUACAUCCAUCAGGCUCUUCAGAGAGCCAUUGAGCUGACGGAUGCUGCCUAUGCCCACACGUCUGAGAGGGUGAAGAAGUCUUAUACUGAAGGUGCCCUCAAACCCAGUGACCUACUGGCCCAGUUUAAACAGAUUGAAACCAGAACCCGGACUCACAUUCGCGCUGCUGAGCUGCUGGACAACACAGUGGAGCUGAUCCGAGAGAUGGUCUACACCAACUCGAUGGUGCAGCCCAAGCCGUAUGAGCUUUUGAGUGAAGGAGACGUGGAGAAUCUGCUGCAGAUGACCGGUUGCUCUGCUGAGCUGCACACCCUCAGCUGUCAGACAGGCUGCAUGUCUGAGCGCUACAGGUCCAUCACAGGCGAAUGCAACAACAGACAACAUCCAAGAUGGGGUGCUGCAAACAUCCCAUAUUCCCGCUGGCUGCCUCCAGAAUAUGAGGAUGUGUGGGGGACGCCCAGAGGCUGGGACCCUGAACACACCUACCAUAACGUCAGCCUGCCUCCUGUGAGGCUCGUGUCGCAGGAAGUGCUGUUUACUCACAACGAUAAAAUCUCUGUGGACUCCACUCUGUCCCACCUGCUGGUGGACUGGGGUCAGUGGAUAGACCACGACAUGGUGCUGACCCCUCAGAGCCCCAGCACAUCCGUCUUCAAGACGGGCGCUGACUGCACCCGCAGCUGCAGCCGGGACUCGCCCUGCUUCCCCAUUCAGAUCCCGCUAUCCGAUCCUCGCAGCGGCGUCCAGAGCUGUAUGCCCUUCUUCCGUUCUGCUCCCAGUUGUGAUAAUGGAGUCCUGCCUCCUCGCCAGCGGGAGCAGCUCAACGCCAUCACCUCCUUCGUAGACGCCAGCAUGGUGUACGGCAGCUCCCCCAGCUUGGCCUCUGCUCUCAGGAACCACUCGUCUCCUCUGGGCUCCAUGGCCCUCAACUCCCGGUACUGGGAUGAGGAGUUGCCGUACAUGCCGUUCCUGUCCCGGGUGCAGGCUCACCUGGACCCCUGCGGUCCCCGUAACUCCUCCACCGCGGGGGCGUCGAGCAGAUCGGCACUCAGGGAGAACACCACUUCAUGCUUUCAUGCCGGGGAUUCAAGAGUCAAUGAACAUCUGGGACUGAUUGUGCUGCACACACUCUUUCUGAGAGAGCACAACCGGCUGGUGAAGGAGCUGCACCAGCUCAACCCUCACUGGAGUCCAGAGACCCUCUAUCAGGAAGCGAGGAAGAUCAUCGGAGCCAUCCACCAGAUCCUAACCUGGGAGCACUACCUGCCACGGGUGCUUGGUGAGAGCGCCAUGUCCCAGCUGAUGCCCCGCUACCAGAGGUAUGAUCCAGAUGUUGACCCAAGCAUCGCCAACACGUUUGCUACGGCGGCGUUCCGUUUUGCUCACGUCACUGUUCAGCCAGUAGUGAACCGUCUGGGUCCAGAUUACACCUUUAACCCAGAGUAUCCCCCUCUGCCUCUGCAUCACUCACUGUUUGCUUCAUGGAGGGUCAUACAGGAAGGUGGUAUCGACCCAGUGCUGCGAGGCAUGCUGCUGUCUCCCGCCAAGCUGCAGACUGCAGGUCAGAUGAUGGUGGAGGAACUCACAGAAAGGCUGUUUCAGGCGCAGGGGGGGAUGCCUCUGGACCUCGGGGCCCUGAACCUGCAGAGGAGCCGGGACCACGGCCUGCCUGGGUACAGCUCAUGGCGCCAGUUCUGUAAUCUUUCUGUUCCCAACACGAUGUCAGAUCUGGCCAAAAUUUUGGGGAACUUCACUUUGGCUCAUAAAUUUGAGCUUUUAUACGGAACCCCGCACAACAUCGAUGUUUGGGUCGGGGCCAUAUCUGAGCCGGCUCUGCCCGGAGGACGAGUGGGACCGCUCCUGUCCUGCCUCCUGACCAGACAGUUCAGAGCACUGAGAGACGGGGACAGGUUCUGGUGGGAGAGAAAUGGAGUUUUCACCAGAACCCAGAGGAGACACCUGCACAACGUCUCCCUGUCCCGCAUCAUUUGUGACAACAGCCACAUCAGCCGUGUCCCUGUGGACCCGUUUUCACGCACCGAGAGCCCUGAAGACAUGCUGGUCUGUUCCCACCCACUCAUCCCCCAUCUCGACCUCGGCCCCUGGAAAGAGCCUCACACAGAUCCCGUCUGUGGCCCGAUACCCAGGAUUCACUCUGGCUACUCUCUGCUCUGCAACUUCACGAUCCUUUAUCAGUGUCGGGUUGGAUUCAGGCUGCUGGGCUCUGCAUCCAUCAGCUGUGAUGCAGAGAGCCAGAAGUGGAGCUCUCCGCCUCCAACGUGUCAAGAUAUCAAUGAGUGUGAGGAGCUGAUUUCUUCUUGUCCACAACAUCUGGAAUGCUUUAACACAGCAGGUUCCUUCGUUUGCUCAGAGCCCUCCCGCCUGUCUGCUGUCUCCAUCGUGGCUGCAGUGAUAGUGGUGAUGGUUGGUGCAGCUGGCCUGGUGCUGCUCCUGAUCUGUUAUCGAAGAUAUUUUCCAAAGUCUGAAGAGUUGAUCUCUGCUGAAUGUAGGCAGGAGAAGAGUUGACCUCUUUUAAUCUGUUUUUAUAUUAAUGUGACUACUCUGAUGGAAAAUUUUGUCCCUUUUAUAAACAAUGUUUUCACUAAGUGUCUGAACAAGUUGUCGUUUAAUUGUAAGCCCCUCCCCACAUGUGAUGUCACGUUUUGUGCCCCACGGUUACGACAGCGUCCAUUCAUAAAACCCCGGGCCAAACUAUUCGUACUCGUCUCCGGCGGUUUGUUGUAAACAAGUCAGUGAAAACAGAAGCCGUUUUAAUCCGGAAACUGGAAAUCUUACAGGAACGAUUGCUCCAAAAACAGAUUUCCUAGUCUUAGUGUGACUGAGCCUGCUUACCGCUUACAAACCUGUUGGGAAACCGCGGGCCAGAAUGUUUUCCUGUCACGGUGACCGGAGAGAAGAGGCAGCCUGGGACCUCACGGCACCACAACAUGUCUGCCAUAUUGUCCAUGCUUGAUUGCCUGCAUGCUGUCCAGUCAAGACUGUUUUUAUAGUUGACUAAUGAGCCAACCAAUUCACUUUGACUUUAUAUGUCAUUGUGCAUUAUUUAUUAAACCAAUAGAACUUUGGACAAAGGAAUAGCUAUAAUCAAACUGUCAGAGAACAGAAGGUAACUAGUAUCAUUUACUUGAGUAACGUUUUGGUAAAAAGUUGACUUUUGGGAGCAGCUUAACUACACAGCAGCCUCACUCUUGAGUAAUAUUAUGUAGUAUCACUACUUAAUUUGAAAGGUAAGAGUAAAUCUUACUCUUACUUGAGUAAAAUGUCUAGAUACUCUACCCACUGUGAGUAACCAGAUACACACAUGUAGUUUGUUAAAGUGAGACCUCUUGUUUCUACACAAGCCUUGCUAUUCUAAUGUUAUUUUUUAUCUACUGAGCAGGUUGUCACUUUUCAAGGUCAAGUAAAUAUACAGUAAGCACCAUAUAUUGUCACCAGAAUUACUUUUUUUUUUACCUUCUGUAAGUAUUAAUGUUAUACAGAGAAACUACUUGGAAAAGUGUUUAUUCUGCUUAAAAUGUAUUUUUUAAAUCAUUUGUAUCAAAUUUUUUUGUCGAAAUACCAGAAUUUGCACAAAACUUUAUAUAUUUGACAUAAAUUCGAUGUUACUCAGUACUUGAGCAGCCUUUUUACUAAAUACG